CGCCCACGCGUCGUUGCCUCUUGGCCACCUACACAAUAACUUUGUUGAAAGGAAGGGUACCUCUCCAUCACGGGACCAGCAACUCGCACACCGGCAGCAUGGACACUCUCCGCCAGCUCGCGAGGCUGCCCAGCGACAAGUUCGCCGACGAUACUCCCGACAUCAAGACGCUCCAGUGCAUCUCUGUCCGCAACUACAACAACGCCACCCGCGAGCGUGGCUGGUCAGUCACCGACCAGCUUCCCUGGAACGCCAUCUCGAGCCUGAGCGCCCUCGAGACAGAGCCAGACGUCAGCGCGGCUCUGUCCCUUGUCAAGAUCCCCCGUGACGACAACGAGGUGAUUGGCGUGCCCGAGAGCACUUUCCAGGAAACCUUCAACGCCUGCCGGCUCGAUCCGCGGUUCCUCCAUCUCAUCCGCAGCAACCGUUAUGGGCUGCACUACGAGUCCUGGCAACGGAGGCAUUGCUACUAUAUUGGCACCGUGCUCUACUCGCUCAUGUGGGCAUUCAACCCCAGAACCCGAAUCACCAGGGCAAUUCUGCUCCUGAGGGACAGCGGUAGCAGUCGCUCCUUUGCAGACUUUCAACGCAUUCUCAAUAUGGAGAGCAACAGGUUGCACACUCCAUUUGUCCUGUCCUGGGUUUCUCUGGUGCAGCUCAGCAACUGGGUCGACCUAGUCACAUAUUCGCAGCUCAGAGCAGUUCGCACCCUCGAAAACACCACCGGUCACGGGCCCUACGGUGGUAACCCCGUCACAACCAAGCUACGGCAGCAGCAAGAGAAUAUGGAGGAGCUCACCAAGGCAUCCAGGAAGGUCGGCUCCGUGCUUGUCGACCUCGCCAAUCAGUCCAGGCAUGUCGCCAUCGGCCUCAGCAUAGCCUCUCAUCUCAUGUCGGCCAUCAAGCUCGACAAGCUCGAGUCGUACACCAUGGAUCAUACCAAGGACAUGUUCCUCGAGCAGCUAGAGGCUUUUACCAGCGGUAUCCCUUCAAUCAAGCGCAGUCUGACAGACUCCAAAGAAUACAUCCUGUACAUCCAAGAACGCUCGCGGAAUCAGGCAACUGUGAUUACCUCCCUGUUGACACACGAGGAUGCUCGCAUCAGCAUCAAGCUGGCACAAGCCAGCAAAGAGCUCGCAGAAGCCGCCAAAAAGGACAGCUCCGCCAUGAAGACGAUCGCCAUCAUGACGAUGCUUUUCCUUCCCGGUACCUUCUUUGCCGCGCUCUGGGCAGUUCCCAGUCUAAAAUGGGACCAGCCCGGUGUCAUACAAGACAACUUCUGGAUCUAUUGGGUCUUUACAGUCCCGAGCACAAUCAUAAUCUUCACGAUAUGGUUUGGCCUGCACCGUUGGCGGCACUCUCCGAUGCCAGCGAUUUCAACUUUAUCCCCUUCGUCCUCAUCGUUCGUGUCCUCAGUCUGGCCCAGAAAGAAAAAGUCUAGCAAGAAGAGUAAACUGAAUGCGACUUGGACCACCGGCAGUGACUACCUGCCUCUUGCGAUCGGCGGGACGAACCCUGCGUCCAUAUCUCUGCAGCAUCUCAACGACGAUUUGCCAGUGCCCACAUCAGUGCCGAUGCAUGAGAACAUGCGAUACGCCCCUCAAACAUCGGUCCCCUUCGAAUAUGUUGCAGACAGCCACCGGGAGCAGACAUCGGUGCCUUUUAUGGAUCGGCAGAACGAGCGCGAGCCGACCUCUGCCACUUACACCAGUCCGUAUCACAACGAUCUGGCUGCAAAUCAACCCCCGUGGGUUCAGGACAAUUCGUCCAGGGCGGCUGAGGCGCAGUACUAUGCCGCCCCAUGGACCACGCCCGGAUCAGGGGAAUAUGUGCCACAAGUAUCUGCAGUGUCCGCUCCGCCUGUAGCAGCAACAGCUCCCCCAGCCCACUACACCGGGUCCAGCGACACCUAUGCGGUCCGGGUUCCCCCUUACGCUGAGACAGCUCAGCCGUCGGCCGCAGGCAACCAGCGAAUGGGCAUCGAUACGCAAGAUUGGGCACAGCCAUCACCGUUGUCACCGAUCGCUGGAGCGCACAGUCAGGGUCAGCCGAACAUUGCGCCAUACCCACCGACGACGCCACGUUCUAGAUGAUCUACGCUACCCUGCCAUCAUCGUCGUCUUCUUAUUCGGGUUUUAUCGAAUAUGGAAAACUGCCUGUUUUGUCGGUUUUCAUCAUCCUCUAGUGCCAUUUCAGCGAGGCGUUC